CAGCAGUUCAGUUCCUUGGGUGCUGUGUGUGGGAUUGGGACUCUGCCUUGCUGCAUGGCGACUCCUGGAACAUGCUGAAUCCUUAAGGUCCCUGCCCGAAGUGUCCCCAUGGUGACGUGGUGGCAGCUCUGUGUGUGCAACCUGGGGAUCCUGCUCCUGACGCCGUGUUCUCUUUCUGAGAAGUUCUCCCUGGCUGGUUCCCCAAGCCCUGUGGUGGGGGUAGUUGGCCAGGAUGUGGUGUUACCCUGCCAGCUCUCACCCCCGGCCCGGCUGCCCAGCAUGGAUGUGCUGUGGAGGAAAAUUGGAACAAGAUUUAUCCCUGUUCAUGAGUACUUGGAUGAGGGUUCCCAGAACCUGCCAGGGGAGAGUUACCAGAAUCGGACAGAGCUGUUCCUGCAGGAAUUCAGCACUGGGAAUGUCUCCUUGAAGCUGAAAGCGCUCCAAGAGGCAGAUGCUGGGACUUAUCAUUGCUUUGUGAAGAACCCAGAAUGGAGCCAUGAAGCCACCACUGAGCUAGGGAUUGCAGUUAUGGCUCCAGUGUUCAUUGAUGUGCUGGGCCCCCGAGGCCAGGGGAUCGGACUGGCCUGCAGAACCACAGGCUGGUUCCCCAAACCCGAACUCCAGUGGGUUGGAAACUGGCAGAACCUGACAACGGAGAUUGUGACCAACGUGACUCAGAACAGGGAGAACCUGUAUAGUGUUGUGAGUUACAUCACUGUCACGGAAGGGGAAGACAAUGGAGACAUCAGCUGCAUAGUGCGGAAUGACCAGCUGGAGACCGAGCGGCAAUCAGCCAUUCACCUCUCAGGUGACAUUUUCCCCCGUGUGUCUCCCUGGCUGGCUGCAUUCUGGGUAUUGUUCAUUCUGGUUCUCGUUGCUACUGGAGUGUGUGCAUAUCUUGGAUACACAGCAAAGCAAAAGGCCUCUCAGAAGAAACCCUCUAAAGAGGAGGCUCUGUUUAUCCAUGAGACUGAGAAGAAGACACUGGACGCAGAAUGCCAGGAGCUGCGUGAGAUGCUUGAUGCGCAGAGGAAGGCUCAUGAAUCAGAUUGUGAGGAGCUGCGUAAGAAGCUUGAGACUGCAGAGAAAGAGAAGCAGGCCCUGAAGUCAGAUUGCGAGGAGCUGCGUAAGAAGCUUGAGACUGCAGAGAAAGAGAAGCAGACCCUGAAGUCAGAGACUGAGAAGAAUGAGAAGAGUCUGAAAUCAGAAUGUCAGAAGCUGAAUGAGAAGCUUGAGACUGCGGAGAAAGAGAAGCAGGCUCCUAAGUCAGGUGGUCCAAUUCACUAG